GCAUAAAGACGUGACCUUUGAAAUGAAUAAAUGAUCACAAGACGAGUGAUUUACCUGUCUUUUUGUUCCUGUUUUGAGUGUUUAUGCCAACUUAACAUCUGUGAUCAUGAAUAAAGAGAAGAAAGGCAAGCAGUCGAAGAAGACAUUUCACAUUGCCGCCAAUGAUCUGUUGUGUAAGAAUGGCUGUGGGUAUUACGGCAAUCCAGCGUGGCAGGGUUUCUGCUCCAAGUGUUAUCGCGAGGUGUAUCAGCCUGCGCGACAGGCACAGGUGCUGCACGAUGCCAUGCGGGAGGCCAGUAAAAGGCUUGCAGACACACCUCCUGCUUCGUUCUCCAAGUUUGCCGAGAAGAAAACCCAACAGGUGAACAAGAGGAGCCACACAAUGAAAUCGAUCUUCAGAAAGACUCCAACCAAAGACACGGAACAACAAGCACCUGUACAGAAGGAAACCCGAAGAUCUAGCAUAGAGAGUCAGAAGGUUGGUGGUGAGUUUGCCGAGUUCCUAAAGACAUUGAAAAAACCUGCAGCGCUGGAGAUCUCCAAGCAAGUUCGCAGUUUCAUUGAGCGUAUCCAGCAAGCCGGCGACAUUCCCAUUGACGAACUCUCCGAGAUGGUGCAGGAUUUCUACCAGACACUGACAGACAGACUUCAUUCACACUCACUGUACAAAGGGCUAGUCCCAGAGGUUAUUGAAAAGAUAUUGGAUUUUACCGAGCGCUACAUCAUGACUCGUCUGUACCGUUCCGUCUUCUGCUCACCCAGUACAAACGAUGAGGACAAAGAUCUGGCCAUCCAGAACCGAAUCCGCAGUCUGCACUGGAUAUCUGCCCAGAUGAUGGACACUAUUAUUAAUGAACACGAUGCAGAGAUCAGAAAGAUGCUGGAUCAAGCUAUUACAGAUGCAAUAGAAGUUGACUCUAAGCGGGCCACCCAGGACAAGUUGGAGUGCAUCGUGCGGUGCAGCAAGCAUAUCUUUGAGGUUCUCAACAUGUCGAAGGAGGGCCCUGCUAGCGCUGACGAGUUUCUUCCAGCUCUCAUCUACAUCGUUCUCAAAGCAAACCCGCCACUACUGCAGUCCAACAUCCAGUACAUCACACGGUUUGCAAAUCCAAGUCGACUCAUGAGUGGUGAAGCAGGUUAUUAUUUCACAAACUUGUGUUGUGCUGUUGCUUUCAUUGAGAAUCUCAAUGCAGACUCCCUGAGUCUGACACAACAAGAAUUUGACCGCUACAUGUCUGGUGAGGCCAUACCGCCAUCCAGUAUGACAGAGUAUGUGUGCGAGGGACUUCGAAUCAGCCAAGAAAAUCUCCGAUAUCUCGCAGAACUGCGGCAGCGGCAGGAAAAGGUUCUAGCUGAGGCUCUGCAGCUCCAGCAAGAGAUGAAAGACUUCAAGGAAAGUUUUACAGAACAGAUUAAAAAUGUGAUAGUGCGCACGCCUCUGGUUAUUAAACCGAGAAAAAUGAAAGUGGAUUUGGAUGCCGCAGAAGAAACGGAUGAGCUAGACAAUCUUCCAUCACCUCUGAAACCCCAGGUAUCAGACAGGGUCUCGGGUCAUGUUGGUGUUGACAUGUCAGAGUCAUCGGGGGCAGCAGAGGCUGGGCAAGAGGAACAAAGUAAACUAGGGGGCUCUAGUCUGGAGGAGGAAAUGACAACAUAGAACAAAAGUGAAUGUUAUUAGAACAUGUGGGGCACUAUAACAGUAUGGUCAUAUAAUGAUGAUGAUCUUAUAUGCAUUUAUGUGCAGUAUGCAUAACAUGUGUAACUGUUCCAAAAGUAAUGUUGGUUAGAUGCUGUUUUAAUCAAUGUGGUCAAGGUAUAAAAUGUAUGAUGGCAAUAUAUCUCAUUUUUUAAACUUGUUAACAAAAACAAUUACAUGACAAACAUGCUUAUGUUGGAUAAAGGAAAGAAUGUGUUAGAAAAUAGAGGCUGUUUUCUAAUCUAUCAUAUUAACUCUUUUUUUUUUUACUUUAAACAAAAAUAAAAAAAUAUUGUGUUUUGUCAAUUGUUAAAAAAUACAUGGACAUUAUCUAAACAUUUUAUAAUCAUGCAGCAAUACUUAAUCUCCACUCAAACUGCAUGCAGGGUUUUGGUUCAGAUUCUGGAAUUUUAGUUUUUGUGUGCUACUCUCUUUGGUUAAAUGCACACAAAUGCUGUUCUUUUAAUUAAAAAAUAGUCUCUUUUUUUUUCUUGCACACUGUCCUUAUCUUGUAGAAUUACUGCAAUUGAUGCUCUACAGCAAUUGAUUAAUAAUAUGCUGGAGUGUUUCAUUUCCUCUAGUAUUGCUUUUUUAACGUAGUGAUUACAGUUGAUAUGACUGAGCCUGAAGAAAAUGAAGUGAGAUCUGUCAGUGAAGUAUAUCCAUUGAACCUAGUAAAGGAUUUGUUAUGUGCAGAUGGUCUUAAUACUAAGUAGCACAGUUGCAACGCAUUUACAUGCAGGGGGGGGGGGGGAUGUACAUUUUCCAUCUAGGAGCCAGAUAGCGCCUAUUUAUAUUUUUAUAUAGAUAGUAUGAAAUGUUUUAGUCGUCAAAUGAAAAAAAUGGUCGUAUAUAUGAACAAAUCGGUCACAGUGUAGAGGGCUGCCUUAUAGACAUCUGGUAGCUACGCAAGAUGCUUACAUGAAUAUUAAUAGGAGGUUCGAUUGUCUAGUAAACUGGACUUUGUGUAAUUUUACAUUUUAAUUCCUUGUUUGAAGCCUGCUAUUCAGUAGGUGUAGCUUAUUGAGCAGCAGUGGGUUUCUACUUUGCCGAGAUAAUCACUGUGUGAAUUUGUCUAGUGGCUAGUCAAAUGGAUGUACCAAAGACAUGCAAAGCACAAAAAAUAAUGAUCAUAAUAUGCUAGUAAUCCUAAAUAUAGUAUCACAUGGAGUACGAUGUGUAUGUUAUAUAAACAUUUCUUUGGAGUAGUAAGAACUGUACUCUUUUUGUUUUUUCUUUGUUUUUUUCUUCUUCUUUUUCUUAUUCUUUCAUAACAGUUUGUCAGAUGUUACAGAUUUCUUUCACAAAUGUUACAUGUACUGGUGGCCUAUUGAUCAAUGAAUUGUUUACCCGUAAUUCUAUUAAUCAAUGUUUCAUAGAAUACAGAAUAAUAAAACUAAUAAAUUUGUGUUUCUCAUACAGCAUGGUGUAAUAAAACACCACAUUUUAAGCUGAAUAAUAAAUAUUAGCAAUUUGACAAAUUAAAAAGUAUAUGUGGUCAAAUUCAGCAUGUAUUAACCAAAUUAAAAGUAAGAAAACUAAAAGCUAGUUAAUUCUCAAAUUUGCUAAUUUAUUAUACUACAGUGUUUUUACUUGUAUAUAUAAUAGUCAGCAAUGUUUCUCAAACUUAUGGUGUAAAAUUUCAAGGUAUAUGUAUAUCCAACUAUUUAGUGACAAACAUUAAUUAAAAUUUGCUAUUAAAAAACAGACAUAGAGACUGAAGAAAAAUAAACCAUAGCAGAACUUUUUAAACCUCUUAAAUUGUACAGAUUGCUAUACAGAAUUGUAUAUCACCGUUGUAAUUAUACACACGUUGUAUGUUCCUUUCAAGUGUUAAUUUUUACCUAUUCUCCUCAGUCAAUGACUAUUACAGGAGUGCAGAAAUGUAAAAUAUCUCAUUAGUCCGUCAGAUCAGUACUAGUCUGCCAGAAUUCCAUCAGCCUACAGGACCAUAUAAUUUGGCUGUAACACAUUGAAAUCUCUUUUUUAUUGCAUCCGUCGAAGUUUUCACUCAGAUUUGACAGACUGGUCUUUUCUGAAGCUUGCUAUUCAAUCAGGAAUGAAUGUAGCUCAGUGAUAGAGUGCUCGUCUGAGGUAUGAUGGGUCUCAGAAUCGGUCACCCUCAGUGGAUGCAAUGCUUUUCUCCUCUUAGUCAUUGUUGCAUGACUCAAAGGCCAUGGUAUGUACUGUCCUUUAUAUAGGCAAAAUGUGUAUUAAAAACGUUCAUUGUUUUUUUUAUGAGGGUAAGCUGUAUUCUAACAAGGGUAUCAGUGACACUGUAAUAGUCAUGCAGCAUAACAGUUGAAAAACAUUGUACUGAAGUACAAAUAAAAUAAAAUUCGGCUUGUAUUAGUCGUUUAAUCUUUCUUUCUUUUUUUGUUCUUUUAAAAAACAACAACAACAUGAUUAUGUGUUGAUCAUCAUUUAGAACUUCCAUAGAAUCAGUUUUAUUGUUUUCAUGACAUAAUGUGAUCUCAUUUUGGUCUACUUUGUUGACCAUAAGUUCUUGUUGAUUUGAGACAAAUGUUUUCCAUACAAUUGUUGAUAUCCAUCCAUACAAUGAUUCGUUAAUAUCCAUGUAAUAAUUCAUCUUUUACAUACAUUUAAGCAAUCAUCACUGUAGGUUUGGGUUUUUUUUUAAUUUUAUAUGUAUGAGGAUGUGUGUUUGUAGUUUGAAUAUUGGUGACACUGAGGUGGAAUUAUUUUAUUUUAAAAUAUGUUAAUGACUUACAUAUACAUAUAUACUUACAGUGUUUCUAAUAUACCAGAAAUGCUUACAGUCAAACUGUUAUGCAGUAGUUGAUUGGAGUUGCUGCCCUUUUUUGAAAAUGGGAAUGAGGUUUUAUGUUUUGUCACAGGUAGAAUGAUUUAGUCGUAGCUGGUAGUAGGAUUGGUGUUGUGUUGAUUUUGAAAACAAAAUUCAAAAUCUAUUAAUAACAUAUUAUUAGGGUGAUGGUGCAUCCAAGUGUUUCUGAGGGUUCGUUUUAAUUUUUUUUUUUUUUUCACUAUCAAUUGAUUAUGGAGGCAUAAUAUUUUAAAAUAUAUUGUUUGCAGUUUUUGCGUUAGACUAAUAAAAUGGCAACACAGAAAUUCUUAGUGGAAAAAUUAUUUACUAUCCAUAGACAGGAUUUAUCAAUAUUACCUUUGUGGUUAUCAAAAAAAGAAGAAGAGGUGAACCAUUACAUAGAUAAUGGGCUGAAUUUACGAAGCCUGUUUUUCUUAAACGCAAAUGUUUAAGCAUUGUAAAUGUUUGUACACAACAUGUAGUUACACGCGUGUAAGACACAAACAAGCUUUGUAAAUUCGGCCAUAAAUGUUUGUUUGGUUCUUGUUCCAGGUCACAUUCCAGAUUUCUGAGCUGCUAGUUAUAUGAUAGUUUAAUAACGUACAGUAAGUCAUGUUAUAUUUCCACUACUAAAGUAACUAGAGUAAGUUUGUGAUUUUAUAGUGAUACUCUAACCUUUGUGUAACCGUUUUUAAUAUAUUUUGGGGUAUUCUGUAAAAUCUGGCUAUUGUAGCAGACACAGUGAGGUCAUUUUAGUAGCGUACAUAUAAACAGUUUAAGUAAUAUGUGGGUUAUGUCUUUGUUUGUCAGUUGGUAUUCUCAAAAACUGUAAAAUGAUUAUCGUUUUAUCAAAAAGAGAGCAAGAUCUAGUUCAAUGUGUUGUCUAGUGGUGUUAAACAAAACAAACUUUUAUCAAAAAGAAGAACUGUUAUCAUGUUUACAAUUAGGGAUGGAAUUCUAAAAAUUAUUGCCCACAAAAAAACCUAAUUCUUUUAAUCGCUUUAUUAGUUUUGUUUAAAUCAUGAGAAAUUCAGUUUACUUUGAUUUCUUUCUUAUAAUAUUUAUCUCAGUAUUGUGUGCUCUGUAACUUACUAGGGUAUGUUUAUUACUUAAUACUGUUUUUUUCUAUUUCCUAUUAAUUUUCAAAGAAAUUUGGGUGGAUGGUUUGCUAUGUUGUAAAGAUAAAUUCUUCAUGUACUGUAAAAUUAGUUCCCAUAAAUUAGUCAUUAAUUUUAUUUAUAAAUUAAAAUAUAGUUUUAAAAUGCAACUUGAAAAUAGUAUUUGCUUUAACCCUGAUACGACUAAGAAUGCUGCAUUCUCAAAUUGUAAUAACAGUGUUCUGAAUCCAUUGAUGCAGUUAAAGACCAAGGAUCACAGUGUGUAUUAUCAGUAACUGUUGAGUUUCCAGUACUGAGCAUACCUUAAAGUUUCAUUUGUCUUAUUAUGUGUAUUUUAAUACAUCUUUUGCAGAGAUCAUCCUGUCCAUUGCCAAAUUAGCCAACUGCAUCCUGUCCAUUGCCAAAUUAGCCAACUGCUAUUUUUUAUGCAAAAUGACUACAACAUUUAGAAGUUGUCUGAUAAAAUGUUGUUUAAAUUAGCCAUUUUUUAAUCAUGUUGAAUGAAAAUACUCUACAUAUUUCAAUAUUGGCUAAAACUAAAUUCAUUCUAGUGUGUACCCUGCUUUUGUACAUUACUGUAUUUUGUAUUUCACCGAAGGUUGAAAUACAAAAUUAUUCUUGGAGAAGAUUUAGUCAGUCAGGCAAUCAUUAAAUGGUACAAGCUGCAAAUCUCCAAGCAUUUGGUGAUGCCUAUUAUGUGAAAAAAUAUUAUUAAAAAACAAACACAUACAUGCACAUGCACGCACACACACACACACAUACACACGAGCACACACACGAGCUUAAACAUUUGUUAUAAAAAUUUUUUUAUAUCAUUAUGUGAAUUAAUUAAUAUUUAGUUCCACUAUCAGUUAUGAAGUUAACAAAGGAAUGGUUGUGUUAGAACUGAAUUGUUUAAAGAAAACAAAAUUGGUUUUGAAUUACAUUCUCCAAUAGUGGUAAGGUAUUUGUUUGUAUUCGUAAAGGUUUACAGUUUUAACUAGAAAUUUGUCCACUAUAAUUUCUUUUUUCAUUUUCAUUUUAACAUUUAAAAAAUAAUUAUUAAAAAGCAUUUUCAAUCUGAUCAUGUUAAUAAAAUGCCAAGUUUUACUAGGAUUAUGAUACUUCAGAAUGAUAUACUCAACUCUGUUGUAUUUGAAAAAGAUAAAUACAGCUAAAUAAAAUUUAAUAUCUAUGAAAUGAAUAUCACAUCCAAGUGGGAAAUGUGAUGCAUAUACCAGUAGUAAUGUCACAGUUAUUUAGUGUCUUCUUCCAUACUCGGCUUACAUGGAUAGUAGGUGGGUGUUAACUUACUACUGGUAAGCAUUUAUUUUGAUGUUUUGUUAUUGAAUUCAGAUGUUGGUUGCUUUUGUAUAAAACUGUUUUAUACAGAUCUCAAUAAAAUACUCAAAAUAUA